GAGAAAUCCCUCUCAUGUAAAAUAACAUAACCCCCACUGCCAGUCAACACGUCACCCAAGUCACGUGACAAGGGUUAUGCUUGAGAUACGUUGACACACCUUAAACCUAACCUAAUCAUUAAUCUUAUAUCCUACUUUCUCCCACCACCAUUCUAUUUAAUCUCUUUUUUUUUUUUUUUUUUAAUAUGGUAACGCUAAUUAUUAUCCAGAAUUUAAAACCAACUAAUAGUAUUUUGCAAUUAAAUAUUAGUUGAAACAAACAUGUUACAAAUUUGAAAAUUAAAUUGAUUGUAUUAGAAAUCAUUCUUUGAUGAAUUUCCUUAAUUUACAUAUAUUAGGAAUAAAAAGACAAUGCUUUAAGUUUAUAUUCAUUUGAUCAAUAAUAUAAACAUUCUUUGUCAUUGACAUUAAUAUUAAUAAAGGAAAAAUGCGAAUUAUGUAUUCCUUAUUAGAUAUGGAAUAAAUUGAAGGUAUAGCAAUAAGGUGUCAAUGACGUUAUCGCUGAAACAGUCAUCAUUAUUAAACAUGUAAUCUGUUUAAUCUGUUACUCUUAGCAACGAGUCAGACAACAGACAACAACAAUUAUUCAGUUUAAUGUACUUUUCUAUUAAUAGGGUGCCGGAAAAGGUAUUAAAAGAAUGGCUAAGAAAACAAUACCUACUGCACUUCAAACUGAUGUUACUAAUGACGAUGAAUGGGCUCAAAUUUUAACUAAAAAAGGCUUGUUAGGAAAGUACUAUUACUUGAAUAAAAAAAAAUCUCUAGUAUUGUUAUUACUUUUUUCUUUUACAGUGGUUGAUAUUUAUGCUGCAUGGAGUGGACCAUGUACGGGUAUGGUGAGCACUUUAAAAAAACUUAAAAUGGAAAUUGGUGGGGACGCGUUAAGUUAUGCUACGGCAAGGUGCGAUAACAUUACGGAUCUUCAACGUUUUAAAGAAAAAAGCGAACCUAUUUGGAUGUUUAUUCGUGAUGGUAUGAUGAUUAAUUUAAUGUUCGGCGCACAUUGUCCACAAUUGGUCAAAAUGUUGACCACGGAAUUUCAAAGAAUUCAAAAUGGGGAUGAACCGGAAUUCUGUAUAUCUGUAAACGAAUGUAGCCCGGAAGAAAAUACACGAAUGCGAAUAGCUGAAGAAGCUCGAAUACUUAAAGAAGCAGAAAAGAAAGCUCAAAAAGAAGCAGAAACUAAAGCAAAAUAUGAAGCAGAAAUGAAUCAUUUAAUUAACUCGUUAAUUGAUGAAACUUGUCUCUUAUUAUAUCCAUGGAUAUUUAAGGACGAAGAAGGUCAUAAAAGAGAUAAAAAAUGUAGCCCACCAUACGUGGAAUUAGUUGAAGAAAUAUUGCCAGGAAAUUAUAUUAUUGAACAAGAGAUACGAAAACGAUUGAAUGAAGAUAUCCUUGAUAAAAUGUUUCACGAGUCUGAUUAUGUACUCACGGAUCGUGCAAGACAAUUGAUUUUAGACGGUAAAUGUAUGCUUAUGCGUUUAAGAAGAAAUGAAUCUACAAAUGAAAUGGACGUUCAUCAACAUUUGAUUACUUUACUGUUUGGAGAACCAGUGUUACCUUCAACAGAUCAAUGCUUCACGGAUGAAAUAUAUUGUGGUCGACAUCGACCGGGUGUAAUAUCACCAGAAAUGGAAAAUGAUCCAUUUCCUAUUGUCUGGACUCCACCUAAUGCUAGAAACAAGGCAACCGUAUUUCGUUUGAUUUUCAGUAAAUAUACAGAUACUACAUAUCCAUAUGAAGAUAAGUCAAAAAAUGAACCAAUAAUUAUUUUUAAAUACGACAGUACGAGGAAGAACGAAUUAAAAAUGGUUUUAGAAAUGUACAACGAUGAAGUCGUAGAUUUUGGAGUUUUUGAGUGUGAUAAACUUUCAAAUAUUAAAAUGAUAGCAAAAUCAAUUGAAGAUUUCGAAUCUAAUAUUGAAGAAAAAACAGGGUACAUUUUAAAAAAUUUAAUGUUAUAUACUCAAAACUAUAAGACUACUAAGAGAUUUCAUAUUUUUCCUUACAGUUAUGAAGUAUUUAUAUGUACUGUAAAAAAGAUAGGACGCGAAGCCUUUUUAGCAUUUGCUGGCAUUGGUCCAUUUUAUGUUAGUGAUAAUCAUGAAAGUGCAAACGAAGAAUCGAAAUUAUACUUUCCAAAUGUUAGUGCUUUGGAAGAAAUACAGUCUGAUGAUGAAGAUAAACUAGAAGAAGUAAUAGAUGAUGCAGUGACGACAGAAAACAUUAAUUAAAUUAUUGUGAAAAAGGAAAAGAUAACAAAAAUUAUAAAAACGUGUAAAACCAGCAUUUAUUUUCCAUAAGUUCAAUGGCACAAUAAAUGAUGGCAUACAUUUAAGAGUUUACUUCUUAUAACCACAA